CUUUCUUCUCUCUUUCAAUUUCCCGCAAUUUGUCAUGACAGCUUAUAGUACAUUAAGAAAUCCUUUAUUAGAAGACUAUCACACACAUAACUUUAGCAAGAAACUCAAGGACUCUCAGCUGUCACUCAAAGGCUUGUUUAAUCCCGCAGGCAUCCGAAUCUCGAGUCAUCUUGGUCAUCGAAAAAUCGUUCCGUCUUCUCUUUCGAGUUCUAAAAAGGUGAGUUGUGAUCAUGCUGGUCAUUGUCAACAACAACAACAGCAACAACAGCAAUAUCGCUACCUUAUUAAAAACCGUCGUGAGCAGAAUGAACCCUUGGUUCACUAUAAUGGUCCUUAUGAAACUCUUGAUCAAUUACCGGAAGAAAAGUUGGCAUGGAUCACAACAGAGACAUUAGAUAGUCAAGAAUUAAGGCACCCUUUAUUGGACUAUCCGCGCUCUAUUGUGUUUCGUAAACCUUACUAUCGUCAUGCAUCAUCCUUAGGCUACUACAGAUCAAAUGAACAAGCUAGUGUGAAUAAGCCGAGAGCUACUUUUUUCCUACAAGUCAUUAAUCAGAACUCUUCAAAACCAUGUCUUGUUCGCUCUUCUAUGGAAAUGAACAAUCAAGUAUUCUCAGGAUCUUUUGCUGCCAGUCAAAAGUGUGGCAAGCAUGGAUCUCAAACUAAUUUUGAUGAAACUUAUAUUCUAGAUGUGGAUACAUUUUCUACUGCUACUCUUUCGAUUUAUGCACAACCAAAGACUGCAUUAAGUAUGUUAAAUUCCCGCUUUAGUCAGCCUGAAGUUUGUUUGGGAACACAAGAAUUCAAGAUACAGAUGAGACCCUCAGAAAAGAAACUAAAGCGGAUCACAAUACAAGACAAAGAGAGCCAUGAUCAAUAUCAGGUGUUGAUCGUGUUUGGAACUUAUGUGAGCUCACGUGUGAUGACUUUGUUGGACAACAAGCGUAUAUAUGAGGGAUUUCUGACUGUAUAUACCAGAGGGAAAUUAAUUCCACGAUGGACACGUUAUUGGGCUGCUUUGUAUCCCGGUCAUAUUGAAUUGUAUGAUUUUGAAUAUAAAGAGACAAAAGAUCCCCUUUAUAAAAUAUCACUCAAGGCAUUACUGGACGUAUUUCAUCCUCCUACAGAUGACGAUGAAAGAUUAGUGGAUGUUGGGUCACUUGGCUUAGCUUUACAGUUCUCAGAGGAGAGUUUGAUGGAUAAGAUGAUAAACCCUGACUUUGAAUAUCGUAUGUAUAUUCUGCCUGAUGAUCUAGAGAAAUCGCAAGAAUGGGAACAAGCCUUGUUGCAUGCUGCUUCUUUGAUUAAUGAAUUUAGAUAUGAUGAAAGUUACAGUGCCAUAAAAGUAAAUACAGAAGACCAACAGGAUUCAAAGACAACGAUUAUUUAUUCCAAAUUUCUUUGGUAAAAGAAAGGAGCUAUGAUUCUAUCUAUAUAUAUAAAGCCAUGUGUUCUUUUUUAA